AUGUUCCUGUACUUGAGCAAAAAGAUCGCUAUACCAAACAACACGAAAAUCAACUGUCUCGAAUGGAAUUCGAGUCAGGAUUGCAUAGCGGUGGGUGGAGACGAUGGUCUUUUGAAAGUGUUGAAAAUCGAUUCCGGCACUCCAGCAGAUGGUAAGCCCAGAGGACUGGCAGGCCAGGCCAACCUAUCAAUAAACAAAACUCUUGAGGGUCAUUCCGGUAAUGUCUUGACUAUUGUGUGGAACGAAAAACACAACAAACUGACUUCAAGUGACGAAAAUGGGCUGAUUAUAGUUUGGACUUUGUAUAAGGGAACUUGGCAAGAAGAAAUGAUUAAUAAUCGUAACAAAUCAGUCGUUAAAGGUAUGGCAUGGAAUGGAGAAGGUGAUAAAAUUUGUAUUGUCUAUGAGGAUGGAGCUGUUAUUGUCGGUUCGGUUGAAGGUAGUCGCAUUUGGGGCAAAGAAUUAAAAAAACUCAUGUUGACAGGCGUCCAGUGGUCUCCAAAUUCAAAAUUCCUUCUGUUUACCAUAAAAACUGGCGAAGUUCAUUUGUUUGACAGUGAUGGCAACUUCAUAUCCAAAUUGGGCAUGGUGUGUCUACCUGUAUCUCUUAAUAAUGUGCCAAUUACUGCCUGUCAUUGGCUCAACAGAAAUAUAAACGAUUGCCCACAAUUGGCUAUUGCAUACAAAACGGGACACGUGCAACUGAUGAGAGACCAAUAUGAUAUGAAUCCAGUAGUUUUUGAAUGUGAUAUGUUGAUUGUGGCUAUUAAAUGGAAUCAUAAUGGCAGUGUUCUGGCGUUGGUCGGUACAUUAAUAGUUGACGGAGAUGUUAAAGAAUCCAAUGUCCUUCAACUUUAUUCACCUUUUGGAGAACAUUUGAGAACCCUUAGAAUUCCUGGUUACAUGGUGUCGUCCUGCUGUUGGGAAAGCACAUCGUUGCGUAUCACCUUAGCUAUUGACAGUUUUGUUUACUUUGCCAAUGUACGAUAUGAUUACCCUUGGUGUUAUUUUGCUGGCACAAUUGUCUAUGCAUAUAGAAAUCAUGAAGAAGCGGUCACAGAGAUUACGUUUUGGAAUAUAAAAAAAAAUGAAUUUUAUCACACAAAAUUUGAUUCAUUGCUAUGUAUGGACGCUUACAAAGAUCAUUGUGUUCUUGCUGUACGAAAUAAUAACGAUGAAUCCAAACCUUAUACCCUCAUUAUUUGCAAUAAUAUAAGCACUACAGUUGAUAUCAAACACAUUAAUUUUGAACCAAUAUGGAUUACAAUGAAUGGGACCCUUGUAAUUGUUUCUUCACACACAAGCUUCAUGACUUGGCAAUACUCUGUUCCCAAAUCACAUUCUGCAUCCAUAACAAAUAUUAAGCGCAAAAAAGUGAAAAUGUUUCACAUUGAUGAUACUCCUUCUGGUGUUGAUGAACUCACUCAAGAAUCUAGGGAUUUCAAAAGCUCAUCGUUUCAGAAAGAGACCAAGGAUCGUAUAACUUGUAUAACAGCAAGUGAACAAUAUUUGUUGAUUGGUAGAGAGAGUUGUGCUUUGCAAAAAUACUCAUUACCACAGGUGGCUUUAGUGGAAAGGAAAAUGUUGUCCUCUAAACCUUAUAAAUUGGCAUUGAAUUCAAAUUCUAAGAGAUUGGCUGUCAUCGAUUCAACUGGAGUGCUAACACUUGUAGAUAUCUCAGAAGAUAAUGUUGUGAAGGGAUCAACUGAUUCCGAAGCUUCAAAUUCAUUCCAAAGACGAGAUGUGUGGACUAUGAAGUGGGCUUCAGACGAUCCUGAGCUCUUAGCAAUAAUGGAGAAAACUAGAAUGUAUGUCAUUAGAGGGUUUAACCCUGAAGAACCAAUUAGUACUUCUGCUUAUAUCGCUUCUUUUGAAAAUUUAGAAAUCCAAGCAGUUCUGUUAGACGAAAUUAUUCAGUCUCCAGAAAACCCUUCUCUUGAUUAUGUUAUCACAUUGGAAACAAAAUCAUUGCGAGACACAAGACAACUUUUGGAGAAAGUCAGCAUAGGAGAAGCAAUGAAAUUUAUUAAUGAUAAUCCACAUCCCAGACUAUCGAGAUUAUUAGCUGAAGCGUCAUUGCAAACUUUAGACCUUUCAACAAGUGAAACUGCAUUUGUACAAUGUAAAGACUAUCAUGGCAUCAAAUUAGUAAAACAAUUAGCUAAUAUAAAUGAUAUCCUUUUAAAAAAAGCUGAAGUAGCAGUAUAUUUUGGAGAUUAUGUGAAAGCUGAACAACUAUAUAUUGAAGCUGAUCGAAAAGAUUUGGCUGUGAUUCUAUACCAGAAACUAGGCAAUUGGUUUAAAGUUGUUGAGCUGUUGAAAUCAAGUUCCUCGCUUCUGGGUAUUUCCGGCCUCACAAUGAAUUUAGCAUGGCAAGGGAUUGGCGAUCAUUACCUAGACAAUCAGCAAUGGGACUUGGCUGUUGAAUACUAUAAAAAAGCUGAUAACCCAGAAAAGCUGGUCGAAUGUUAUAUAAUACUCAAGGAUUAUGAGUCAUUAGCAUCCCUUGCUAAAAGUCUGCCAGGAAACCAUCCAUUAUUGGAAACAAUUUCUGUGUUUUUUGUCAACAGUGGAAUGGCUGAAGAUGAGUCUAUAGAUCAAAAUUUUUCAAAACGGGCAUUGACGAGUGUUGAAUUUGAUACGAGCAAAUUAAGUGAGCUUAUGAAAUGUAUGAAUGAUACCAAUCGUGAUCAGUGGUUAGACAAUGUCAAAGAUGUAUUGACAAUGGUUUCAAAGUGCAUAAACGGAGAACGAUACACUGAAGCUGCCCAAUUAGUAUUUGCUACUGUUUGUCAAGAAAUAAAAUAUGAUAUUCAGCCAAACAUUAUAAGACAGUUAGCUACUGCCGGUGCGCUAUUGAUCGAAGAGUACAAAGAGAAGAACAUUCGAUCUGCCGAGUUAGAUGUCGAAGAAAUUUCAAUGGACAAUUUUGGUAUUAAGCCAUUUAAAUCUCGUGUUGAAAUGAUAGAAAAUAGUUGGCGUAUAGUUGAAUCUAUACAUUUUUUAAUACUUGCCCAACAACAAUUGUAUAACGGGGACUUCCAUUUAGCCCUUCAUACAUCAUUAACACUUCGCAACUAUGAAGACAUGUUAAACAUAGAACAAGUAUACUCGAUUAUAGCAUUGGCAGCGAUAGCAAACGGCUCGUUUAAUAUCGCAUCUAGAGCUUUUAUGAGACUCGAGACUAUAGACACAAAAAAAAAUUACUAUCAAUUGUCAUUGGUCAUAUUUAGCAAGUAUGCUCCCAAAGACUCUACUCCGUUAUUCAUUCAAUGUUACAGUUGUUUAGACAACUUUCCAGCUUGGUCGUUGAAAUGCCCAAGAUGUAAAAUCAAACCCGAAGCCAAUAUUGUUACGGGUCAGCCACUGACAGAUAUAAAAUCUCUUUGGUGUUGCAGACAAUGCAAACGCAACGCAACAAUUAUAGAUAUGGGACCAUUGAAUUAUUGUCCGUUGUGUAGGAAAGAGGUUAUUCUUUCUUUUUAA